AUGGCAUCAUAUCCUAAACGAAGCGGGCUCAUGCCACCACGUGAAAGCGACUGGGAAGACAGAAAGCAAAUUCUCUACAGCCUAUACAUGCUGAAGAACUUAAGUCUUGGAAAGGUGGUUGACGAGAUGUCAGCUAGUCAUUCCUUUGUUGCUAGUGAGAGGAUGUACAAGCGCAGGUUUGUGAGGUGGGAGUGGUUUAAGUACCACACAAGAAGAUUCCAAGCGACGUCCUUGAAACCUGGGAGCAAAGUCGAAAAAUGCCGAGGAAAGACUACACGGCAGACUAAAACGCGGAAAGGAAAACAAACUAUCCUUCGAAGCUGCGAUGUGCACCAGAGAAGCUCAACCGUGGCAGGCGACCUGACGUUCAGUAGACCACAGGUCCCUUUACGCAAUACGAGUUGCGAAAGCCUACGGCUAAAUAGUUCGCUUUCGACCUUCCUGUUACCUCCGUGUGCUAUAUCCCUAGAGAUGACACAUUGGACUGCAAGGCUGGAAAAGAGCCUCCCCGAGAGAUCCCGUUGGCCCGAAACCCCCAGGAGAAAGGCGAACUCGACCUCACUGUCAACCACCAAUUGCCAUUUUGGUGCAGUAGACCCUCUCAUCCAAAGACUUGGUGUCAUGGAUACCAUAGUCCCGAGGCCUAUGGAGAGAAGGCUCGAAAUGGGGAUUUUCCAUGCAGGACAUCAGAGCGAACCCCAGGGUCUCAAAGACCUGGACUUAUCGCUUGCGGAUGAGCCUCUGCACGAUCUUUCGCUUGCUAGCUUCGACAUUCAAACGACCAGGCUCAUUCCACUCGGAUCCUCUGAACUCGCCUCCGAGUUCUCGCUGAGAAUUAAGAUAACCGCGUUCGUUCCUCAAUCAUAUUCGAAGAAACUCUUGUGCGUAGGGUCCAAAGAAACGUCUUUUCCCCUCAACAUGGGCGACCAACUUGGAAAUCAGAAGAAUUCAUGGCAAAGUAGAAGUCCGCCAGUGGCCGUUUACGCGGAAGAAACCAUGCUGCAAAGAGAUACCCCGAGGUGCAUUGAUGUCGGGGGACUCAUACAGAGCCUGGAUGAAGCUCAACAGCAGCUUCGCCAGCUGCAAUCCACCUUAGCUAGUUUGGCAUGGUUAGCACAAGGGUUCCGAGCUUGA